GGCAGCCCGCAGGAGAAUGAGGGGUGAAGUGCUGCGGCUCUGCCUCCCGAUGCGACUCUGCCGCUCUCUGCCCUUCGCUGCCGCCUCGUACCGGGCGCUGAGCGGGUGGCAGGCAGCGGGCGGCCAAGCAGCGCGCAAAAUCACCGAGAAUGCAAGAAAAUCUUUGGCCUCUCUGAGGAGAGAACACCCACGGCUUGAGCCAACGCUUGCCAUUAUUCAGGCACAUAAUGUUCCUUUGGAUCAAGAAAUAAACAAGAAGUUUGCUGAAGAGGUUGGUCUACGUGUGAUUCACAUCUGUCUCCCUGAAGGCAGCAGCAAAGAUGAGAUUGUCAGUGAAAUCUUGAGACUUAACGAAGAUCCUAAUGUGCAGGGCCUUGCCCUUGACCUCCCAGAAAGCUUGUAUAGCAGUAACAUAUUAAAUACUGUGAAGCCUGAGAAGGAUGUGGAUGGGUUAUCCGAUGUAAACCUGGGACGUUUGGUACGUGGAGAAGACUCCGACUACUUGGUUUCUCCUAUUGCUGGUGCUGUGGUGGAGCUUCUUGAAGAUCUGGAUGGGAAGACAGUACUGCUAGUGGGUGUCAAUGGGGCCUUGGGGUCCUCCUUGCAAUGCCUGCUGCAGAGAAGGGGAGCCAUCACUGCCAGCUGCCACUGGAAGUCACCCGGGCUGCAGAGCAAGCUUCAUCAAGUGGAUGUGGUGGUAGCUGGCAGUCCGAAACCUGACAGUGUUCCUGUAAGCUGGCUAAAACCUGGAACCACCAUCAUCAACUGUUCUCCUGAUUUGCUGUCAGAGAAACACAACUAUGGUCAGAAAAACAGCAACACUAUUGAAAAUGCAGUUUGUUCUCUUGCAGUAGCAAUGCGAAUGCAGAACAUGGUAAAAAAUGCAGAGCGAUGGAUCCACUCCCAGCAGCUCAGAAAAUGGGACCUCCACUGCUUGAAGCUUCAGCCCCUCUCACCAGUGCCUAGCGAUAUUGAAAUUUCCCGAGCACAGAGUCCAAAAGCUGUUGAUGUACUUGCCAAGGAGAUAGGAUUGCUUACAGAUGAAAUUGAAAUCUAUGGCCAAACCAAAGCCAAAGUACGUUUGUCCCUGCUGGAAAGGUUAAAGGAUCAACCAGAUGGAAAAUAUGUUCUAGUUGCUGGAAUAACCCCUACACCCCUAGGAGAAGGGAAAAGCACAGUCACAAUUGGACUUGUUCAGGCUCUUACUGCACACCUUAAGAUUAAUUCCUUUGCUUGUCUGAGACAACCUUCCCAAGGACCUACUUUUGGAGUUAAAGGUGGAGCAGCUGGUGGUGGAUACGCUCAAGUGAUUCCCAUGGAGGAGUUCAAUCUUCAUUUGACUGGAGAUAUUCAUGCUAUAACUGCUGCAAAUAAUUUGCUGGCUGCUGCUAUUGAUGCUAGGAUCUUGCAUGAGAGCACUCAAUCCGAUAAGGCUUUAUAUAAUAGGCUGGUUCCAGCAGUUAAAGGUGUGAGAGGAUUUUCUUCUAUUCAGCUUGCCCGUCUGAGAAGAUUGGGAAUAAAUAAGACUGAUCCUGAGACUUUAACAGAAGAGGAGAUCAGUAGAUUUGUGCGCCUUGAUAUUGACCCUUCUACCAUAACAUGGCAACGAGUUGUGGAUACAAAUGACAGAUUUUUACGCAAGAUAACGAUUGGCCAGGCAAAUACAGAAAAAGGAUUUGUCCGUCAGGCACAGUUUGAUAUUGCUGUUGCAAGUGAAAUUAUGGCCAUCCUUGCACUUACCACCAGUCUGGAAGAUAUGAAGGAAAGACUGGGGAAAAUCGUGGUGGCUAAUGACAAGAAGGGAGAACCUGUAACAGCAGAGGAUUUGGGAGUAACAGGUGCCUUGGCAGUUUUGAUGAAAGAUGCAAUUAAGCCAACACUAAUGCAAACAUUAGAGGGAACACCAGUAUUUGUUCAUGCUGGACCUUUUGCUAACAUUGCCCAUGGAAAUUCUUCCAUUUUGGCAGAUAAAAUUGCCCUUAAACUAGUUGGGGAAAAGGGUUUUGUAGUAACUGAAGCUGGCUUUGGUGCUGACAUUGGGAUGGAGAAAUUCUUCAACAUCAAAUGCAGAGCCUCUGGCUUGGUUCCCAGUGUGGUUGUACUUGUUGCUACAGUGAGGGCUUUGAAGAUGCAUGGAGGUGGGCCAAGUGUAUCUGCUGGUGCCCCUCUGAAAAAGGAAUACACAGAAGAGAACCUCCAGCUGGUAGCUGAUGGCUGCUGUAAUCUUCAGAAACAGAUCCAGAUUGCUCAGCUCUUUGGGGUUCCCGUUGUGGUUGCUCUAAAUGUCUUCAAAACUGACUCGCCUGCUGAAGUUGAUCUUGUGUGUAAGAUUGCAAAGCAGUCUGGAGCAUUUGAUGCUGUACCCUGCAAUCACUGGUCGGAUGGUGGUAGAGGAGCAAUAGAAUUAGCUCAAGCUGUGGAAAAGGCAGCCAAUCAGAAAAGCAGUUUCAAAUAUCUCUACAGCUUGGAGCUUCCGAUUGCUGAAAAAAUUAAGACCAUUGCUCAGAAAGUAUAUGGAGCGAAGGAUAUAGAGUUAUCUCCUACUGCACAGUCACAGAUUGAUCGUUAUACCCGGCAGGGAUUUGGAAAACUUCCCAUAUGCAUGGCAAAAACUCACCUAUCCCUCUCCCAUCAACCAGAGAGGAAGGGUGUUCCCACUGAUUUCAUUUUACCGAUUAGCGAUGUGAGAGCCAGUAUUGGAGCUGGGUUCAUCUACCCCCUGGUAGGAACGAUGAGCACUAUGCCAGGACUGCCCACAAGACCAUGCUUCUAUGACAUUGAUCUUGACCCCGUCACAGAGGAAGUAAAGGGAUUGUUCUGAUGCUGAGGUCCAAAUUCAGAAGUCUGGACAUUAAGAACUGCAACUCCCCUAUUUCCUGCAAAUAAGAGACAAAAGUGAAUUUGAAAUAUUCCUGUUAUGUGUCUCUGGAAGAAUGUCAAAAUAAACCACAGAGCGAAAGUUUAUUCUUUCUUCAAACUAGUUUUUAGGAUGAAAUAUAACUGUAAGGUUGUUUUUGUUUGUUUAUUUUUAAGAAAAAAGGCAGGCUAAAUGUUUCUCUCUGUAAUGCAGAAAGCUCUCUGCUGGGUCUUGUAUUUGGUGCUGAAUAAAAUGACAUCGAGAAAGUGGAA